AUGGAUUCGCCGCCAGUGGAGCUCGACGGAAGCGUCAUGGAGGGAGGCGGGCAGAUCCUGCGCGUGGCGGCGGCGCUGAGUUGCAUCAGCGGUUCGUCCGUCACCAUCUCCAAAGUCCGAGCCGGCAGGAGCACGCCGGGUCUCAGGCCUCAGCACCUGACCGGCCUUCAGCUGCUCCGCGAGAUGUGCGCCGGUGUCCUGCAGGGCGGCGCCGUCGGCUCCGCCGAUAUCCGCCUGACGCCCUCCAAGAUCGCGGCCGGAAACUACACGGCGGACACGCGCACGGCAGGGAGCGUGUGCCUUCUAUUGCAGGCGGCGCUGCCAUGCGCUCUCUACGCCGACGGCGUCUCCAACCUGUGCCUCCGAGGAGGGACCGAUGCCGAGAUGGCGCCGCAAAUAGACUACACGAUCAAGGUCUUCAAACCCGUCGUGGAAAAGUUCGGAGUCCAUUUUGACUGCGACGUCACCGUGAGGGGUUUUUACCCAAAGGGUGGCGGUGAGGUUCGCGCCACAGUGCGUGCGCUCAAAGAAUUGCGGCCGGUCACCAUGCUGGACAGAGGAAUCAUCUGCAAGAUUCACGGCCGAGCGUACACUGCCGGGGUUUUGCCUUUCAAGCUGGCCAGAGACACGGCCGCCGCUGCCGCGCGGACCAUCCGGCGACAAAUCCGGGAGCUCGACGUCGACAUUCAAGCGGUGCGGGAGGACAAGGCCUUCGGAAAUGGAAACGGAAUCAUAGUCAUCGCCGAGUCGUCCACGGGAUGCUUGUUUGCGGGUUCUGCGCUGGGCAAGAGAGGGGCGUCCGCCGACAAAAUUGGCACGGAGGCGGCCGAGAUGCUGCUCGACAACAUCGGACACGGCGGCUGCGUGGACCAAUUCUUGCAGGACCAGCUGAUCAUAUUCAUGGCGCUGGCAAAGGGGACGUCUCGCAUCCGAACGGGGGCCGUCACCCUACACACUCGGACCGCCAUCCACGUGGCCCAGCAGAUGACGCAGGCAAAGUUCACGAUCACAAAGUGUGAGGACGAGCUGAACGUCAACUACAUCGUGGAAUGUGAGGGUUCGGGGGUCACCAACCCCAACCUAUAG